ACCGCACAGCAAUGAAGACGGACAGCAGUGCGAGCCAGGCGGCGGCCUUCAGCGGUCGGAGGCAGAGUCUUAUCGAGGACGCCCGGCGAGAACGCGGCGGUGUCCCGGUGGGGCCGCCGGGGCACCCCCGGGCCGUGGAUGGAAAUGUGUUUGAGGAAAAGGAGGGCAGGGCGAUCCUCAACGUGCUGUUUGCCCUCAGCAACGAGAAGAACUCUGGAUUUUUCAAAACAGGGAAAAUAUUCGAGACAUUUGAAGCCAAACUUCUGCACAUGGAAAGUCGACCGGGGAAGAAGUCAAAGAACAGCACGUCGGACUUGGAGUUCUUCAUCAAGUGUGAAGUCCACAGCUCGGACGUGGACGUCUUCAUCAACUCGCUGAGGAGAGUGGUUGACAACGUUAAAUACACCCCAGAGGAAAAAGUCCCGUGGUUUCCUCGACAGAUAAAAGAGCUGGACAGAUGCAACUUGUUGAUAACCAAAUUUGAUCCCGACAUGGACAAGGACCAUCCGGGCUAUUCCGACCCAGAAUAUAGGAAGAGACGCGCCUUCAUUUCAGAGCUGGCCUUCAGAUACAAACAAGGUGACUUGCUGCCGGAGGUGGAGUACACCGCAGAAGAAACAGCCACAUGGAGAGAAGUGUACAAGAAGUUACGUAGCAUUUACCCUAAACUGGCCUGCCGGCAGUUCCUGGACGGUCUGCAGCAGCUGGAGCGGGAGUGCGGCUACGGAGAGGAGCGCAUCCCUCAGCUCCGAGACGUCUCCGCCUUUCUCAAAGAGAAAACAGGUUUCCAACUGCACCCGGUAGCUGGCCUACUGUCCGCCAGAGACUUCCUGGCCAGUUUGGCCUUCCGAGUGUUCCAAUGCACGCAGUACAUCCGCCAUUCCUCGGCACCCAUGCAUUCCCCUGAGCCAGACUGCUGUCAUGAGCUGCUUGGACACAUUCCCAUGCUGGCAGACAAGGAGUUUGCCCAGUUUUCCCAGGAGAUCGGCCUGGCCUCACUUGGAGCUUCACAAGAAGACAUUGAGAAACUAUCCACGUUAUACUGGUUCACUGUGGAGUUUGGACUCUGCAAACAGAACGGGACCGUGAAAGCUUACGGCGCCGGCCUCCUCUCGUCCUAUGGAGAGCUUGUUUAUGCUCUGUCCAACGAGCCGGAGUACAAACCCUUCAACCCAGAGGAAACUGCUGUGCAGCCGUAUCAGGAUCAAACCUACCAGCCAGUUUACUUUGUCUCUGAUAGCUUGGAGGACGCCAAGAUUAAACUGAGGAAGUACUCUGGGACUAUCAAGAGGCCCUUUGCAGUGCGAUACGAGCCUUUCACCUGCACCAUUGACGUACUGGAUCAGCCCAGCAAGAUUGUAAACGAACUGUGCAGGAUGCGAGAAGAACUGAAGACGCUGCAGGGUGCCUUGGAGAAUCUAAGUUCCUCCUGAGGACAUCAAGGAAAACUCAACUGGACAGGAAUUACACAAAUGUAAAAUAAGAGCCCAAAUUCACUGUACAGUUGCCUCAAGUCCUUGUCUCUGUUUAUUGUGAAGAUGUGCAAAAAA